AUGGGCAACGCUCUGCCGUGCUUGGUCGACCAGGGCGUGAAGGCUCUGCCGGCGGCGGCGAAGCCCAGGCGAAGGAUGUACUCGCUCAAGCUUCUCAUGAGGGUCCUCCACAGGAUGAAGAGGACGCCGCGCGGCAACAAGAUUGGCGGCAAGUCCUCUCCGGAAUCUGAUUCUGAAGUAGGUGGAGCUGGCGUGAAGAGUGUCAAGGCCAGCCACGGCAAGGCCUCCCCGAGACGAGCGGCGGCGGGUGGUGGUGGCGGCCAGAGGAAGGGCGUCGUGAGGGUGAAGGUGCUCCUCAGCAAGGAGGAGGCGGCGCGGCUGCUGUCGCUGACCGUGGGGGGCCAGAAGACGGCGGCGCAGAUCGUGGCCGAGAUCAAGAGGAUGGAGGCCCGCCGCGCCGCCGCCAAUGCUGCCGCGGCGGCCGGGUGGCGGCCCGCGCUGGCGAGCAUCCCCGAGGAGUCGUCGUAGGUGCACCGGGCACCGUGCACGUACGUGUGUUAUGUAGCUUCGCGUGUCCGAGAGAGAGGGAGAGAGCGAGAAGGGAGGAGGGAGAUUUGGGUUGAGAGGCGAGCAGGCGACACCGGCAGCUCCCCCUCCCAUGCAUCAUCCGUACGCUGAUGCUGGUGUGUGUGUAUAUAGCAGCUUCCCUAUUUUGAAGCUUCUCUUCUGCUCCCCCCAUGCUGUUCAUCCCGAUCGCUUGUACUGCUCCCUCGAUCACCAUCCCAAAGAAAUGGAAUGAAAUUUCGUUUUCUUCAUAAA